GUUGAGCCCAUAACGUGUUCCCCUGUCCCUACUCUCUUCAAAGUUCCAAUCUGUAAAGGAUUUUUCAGCAUCUCUGUUGAGUAUUUCUCGUUGAACUUCCGGAAUCUCAUUGCAUCUGCUGGAAAUCCAAUGGCAAGUCUUUACAGUGGGAAAUCAAGGAAAGAGAAACCCAGAGGACGCCAUCAAGCGUUAAGUCAACAGAAGAGACAAGAAAUCAAGGAAGCUUUUGAACUAUUUGAUACUGAUGGCUCAGGCACUAUUGAUGCCAAGGAGCUCAAUGUUGCCAUGAGGGCACUUGGUUUUGAAAUGACGGAAGAGCAAAUAAAUCAAAUGAUUGCAGAUGUUGACAAGGAUGGCAGUGGUGCAAUUGAUUUUGAUGAAUUUGUGCAUAUGAUGACGGCCAAGAUCGGAGAAAGGGACACUAAGGAGGAGCUCAUGAAAGCGUUCCGCAUCAUUGACCAAGAUAACAAUGGAAAGAUAUCUGUUGAUGACAUUAAGCGAAUAGCAAAGGAGCUGGGUGAGAACUUCACCGACAGAGAGAUUCAAGAUAUGGUUGAUGAAGCUGACAGAGAUCGUGACGGGGAAGUGAGUGUGGAGGAAUUCAUCAGGAUAAUGAAAAGGACAACAUAUGGAUACUAGAGUGGAGGAGUUCAGCACUAUGUCGACAGCCAUCUUAUGCUGAAGGGGUUGGUGCGGCAUUUCUGUAGCUGGAGUAUAUUCGUAGAAAUAAAGUUUUUUUUUUUAUUAAAUCUAAAGAAUGGUUUAUGAUGUAAUUAGUUGUGUAUACUUGAGGGAUAUUUAACUUUGUUUAUCUAUUUCUAUUUUCUCCUUUUCUUUA